CCACAAAGGGGAUUCGUCAUUUCCAAUCUUUAAAUGUAAACAAAUGGAGUGGCUACCGGCAAAAGGAAAUAACGAGGAAACUGGAAAGGUUGCUAAUGCAAUUUUCUUGGAUCAUCGGAAAUUGAUAAACGAUGCACUUAGCUGCAGCUUAGUUGAAGUAGAAGGCAUGAAAUAUAAAUGCAAAUUGAAGAAGCAAUUGUUUCAAUACCACACAAAGACAAGACCACAGGGGAAUCCAAGAAAACGAAAGCGAGUGUCAUCUGUUCCAGAACUGAUCCAGGAAGACCCGGUCCACCACUACCUCAAUAUCUUGCCGGAACCAGAGAGAGCUCAGGACGAAGAUGACAUUGCACUGGCACGAAUUUGGGAGGAUCCUUAUGCUAUGCCUACGUUUCACGGAGCCAACACGAGUGGAUGGACUCAGAGAUUUCGCAACACAAGCACCAACCCGGGGAUUAGCUAUUUUAUUCCCAACGAUUCGCGUUUCUAUAAUCACAAUGUGGAUCAACUUGCUGCUCUGAUGCCACAACUUAUGCCCUCAUAUGAUAUAAUUAUAUUAGACCCUCCGUGGCGUAACAAAUAUAUACGCCGACUAAAUCGUGCCAAGGAAGAUCUCGGUUAUGCCAUGCUGGACAAUGAAAAACUCUGCGCUCUCCCGCUGUCCCAGUUAAUCAAUAAACGCACACUUGUGGCCAUUUGGUGUACCAAUGCCAUGCAGCAUCAGACAGACCUUGAAAAGCAAUUGCUGCCUAGCUGGAAUCUCUGUCUGCUACACAAGAUGCGUUGGUACAAGCUAAAUAGUGAUCACCAUCUAGUUGGACCUGUCCAGGUGGAUCUCACGCAAAAACAGCCGUAUGAAAUGCUUUAUCUGGCUUGUCACCCCGAUGCCCUUGAGGGCUAUGCCACAGCAGCAGCAGGAUUAAAGCAAACCGAACUACUCCUCAGCGUGCCCAGCAUUGUGCACUCGCACAAGCCUCCAUUAUUGCCCUGGCUGAGGCAACAUGUCCAACUGCCUGAAAGCCAGUCUCACCCCGAGUGCCUGGAACUGUUUGCCCGAUAUUUGCAGCCGCAAUGCACAUCCAUAGGUCUAGAAGUUCUUAAGCUAAUGGAUGCGAGGCUGUUUGACCUGCAACGAGAAGAUAGUUUCCGUAUCGUAUCCCCUACGAAAAGAUUCAAAGCAACAAAUCAAAUGUAAUAAAACUUAAAUAUGAUA